CUUCCAUUAUCAUUAUGAUUUAUCAACUAUUAAUUCUAUCAUCAUUAGUUAAGGUUCUAACUUCAUCAGCCAUCAAGGAAUAUCACAGUUAUGAAAGUGAAUUCAAUAAUAUAAAAUUCAACCAACUUAAACGCAUAUAUCAUCAUUUUAUCUUAAAUCAAAAUCCAGCUAAUCCUUCAUGUUUCGGUUGUAAAUCUGGAUUAUGGUUGGCUAAAACAUUUGUCUUUGGUAGUAAACAAUUUGUAGAUGAUCAUAUUGAAGUGACUUGUACAAAUUUAAAAAAUAUUUAUCAACCUUGUAAAAGAAUAUUAACUGAAUUUCUGGAUUAUGCUUAUGAUUUGAUAUAUGCUUACAGUGCAACUGAACUAUGUGCACUUGCUGGGAUAUGUGCAGAUCCACCGAAAAUUGACUUUUGUCCACUUUGUUUAAUGAGUGUAGCGGAAGGCAAAAAUAUUUUAUUAUCCGAUGCUCUUCUAAAUGAAUUACAAUCUGUAUUUGUACAUGUAUGUGAUUAUGUAAGAUUGGAAGUAGAAUGUUCCACAUUUUUGAAUAAACUUUAUGAAAAUGUUGUCGAUAUAAUCAAACAUGUUGUAGAACCACAUUUUGUUUGUCAGCUGGGUCACAUGUGUAAUACAACAUAUACAGAAGGAUCGGAUUACAUUAGAAUUGCAUAAGAAGAACACUUUUUUUUAUUGGUAAACAAAAUGUAUUGUUAUUACAAUUUUAGAAUCAGCAUACAAAAAUAAAUCAUAAAAAUUAUGGAUCAUUUAGAA